CGGAAGCGUAUCGUUUUCUGGCAUCAUUCGUUUUACUACUAUCCAAAUGAUUAGUUGUUAGCCAUUAAGAAAUCUGACGCCUGCACUAAAUAUAUCUUGCAUAUCUAGGUGGAAUUGUACUGCUCUGUCACUAAAGCACGUUCCUGAGACUUUAGCUGAAAUGGAAGGGCAACGCUGGUUACCUCUGGAGGCUAAUCCAGACGUAAUGAAUCAAUUUUUACGACAGUUGGGCUUAGUACCUAGCUGGCAGUUUGGAGAUGUAUAUGGUUUGGACCCAGAGCUUCUUACGUUGGUGCCCAGGCCUGUGUGUGCUGUCCUGCUCCUCUUCCCUGUCACGGAAAAGUACGAGUCAUUUAGACUGGAGGAGGAAGCAAAGAUUAAAGCACAGGGACAGGAAGUGUCAUCAGAGGUGUACUUCAUGAAACAAACUAUCGGAAAUGCAUGUGGCACAAUAGGGUUGAUUCAUGCAGUAGCAAAUAACCAAACACUUCUUGAGUUUGAGGCUGACUCACCCCUGAAGAUGUUUAUUAUGCAGUCCUCUAAGAUGAGCCCAGAGGAAAAAGCAACCUUCCUAGAAAAAGACGAGAGUAUCCGUGUAACACAUGAGUCAAGUGCUCAGGAGGGACAGACAGAGGCUCCAAGUGUUGAUGAAAAAGUGGAUUUACAUUUUAUUGCCUUUGUGAAUGUUGGAGGGCAUUUAUAUGAGUUAGAUGGCCGAAAACCUUUUCCAAUAGUUCAUGGGAAAACCACAGAGGACAGCUUUCUUGAGGAUGCUACAGUGGUCUGUAAGAAAUUUAUGGCACGUGAUCCCCAAGAGCUCCGCUUCACUGUUGUGGCUCUCUCCAAAGCAUAAAACACUCACUUUCUGUUUACUCAAGAAGAAACUGCCAGGCAGCCAUUCGCAAAUGUUUGAAUGUUUUCGUUCUUACACUGUUGAAUUACAUCUUUGAUAAAAUGGUUAUUUGCUAAUA